CGCGCGGAGCCGGAGGUGGAGGUGGCGGAGUGUCCGCGGCCCCCGCGCCACUGGGGCCUGUGGGCACUGGGGGCCCUGUCCCUGGCCACGCUGUGCCUCUCGGACGAGGCCAUCCGCUGCCCCGUGUGCUCGGAGGAGCGGCUGGCCGGCUGCCGGCUCCCCGACGGCUGCGGGGAGACGGUGAGGGAGCCGGGCUGCGGCUGCUGCCCCACCUGCGCCCUGGCCAAGGGGGCGCAGUGCGGGGUGUACUCGCCCCGCUGCGGGACGGGGCUCCGCUGCUACCCGCCCCAGGGCGUGGACAGACCCCUGCAUUCGCUGAUGCACGGGCAGGGCCUGUGCACCGACGAGAGGGAGCUGGAGGAGAACUCAGCCAUGACUCGGCAGGAUGAGAUCAUCCCCGAGCAUCCCAACAACAGCAAUAUCCGGUGCAGUCUGCAGGACAAGCGCUGCAUACAGAAGACCCUGGCGCGCCACCCUUCCAAAUCCACCAACCAGAGGAGCAACAAUGCCAGGGAAGACCCCAGGGCUUCGCUGGCUCCGUGCCGGGCUGAGCUUCAAAGGGCCCUCGACAGGCUGGCAUCGAACACUCGCACGCACGAAGACCUCUACUCCUUCCCUAUACCCAACUGUGACAAAAAUGGAGAUUUCCACACCAAACAGUGCCACCCAGCUCGUGACGGACAGCGAGGGAAGUGCUGGUGUGUGGACCAGAAGACCGGCCUCAGGCUGCCUGGACCACUGGAGCUACGAGGGGAUCUGGAUUGCCACCAACUGAUGACCGCUACCCUAAGGGUGUGAGACCGAAGGGCAGGGGGGGAGGGAGGGAGGGAGGGAGGGAGGCAGGGAGGCAGGGAGGAGAGGAUGGCAUGGUGGUGGGUGGGGUGCAAAGGAACACACACAGUUUCUACUGGUGCUGAUUAGAAUACCUGCUAUAUGAGGACAGGACUUAACCACAUUUACCUUGGGGCCCGUGGACCUUGAGACGGCAAAAAAAACUAAAGAAUGAAAUAGACCUAAAAAUAAAAAAAAAAGCAAAUAAAGUUGUGUUCUUGGUCUAUGUAUGUUUUUACUCUGCGUGUGAGGACAUGUGAUCUCUAUGAUUAUUUGGCGCACUUUUGUGUGUUUUUUUUUUUACUAUUUAAACCCAGACAAAUAUGCUUUAGACAGUGUGUUCGCAUUUAAAGUGACAAGUGGCAGCAGAGUUUUCCGCCCAGAUAGUACAUUUGAGAUAAAACCGAUUUUUCUUUGUUUACUGAAAUCUGACGUGCAUCUUUGAGAGAAGAGCCAAUUUCCUUUUUAAGAGGAACAUCACCUGCAGACUGCCUUUCUUCCCUUUCUGUUAAGGGUCCAGGUGGAAUAGAGCUAUGCACUCCCCUGAUAGGAUGCCAGCACCAUUCUGCUGUUUGUGUAAAUAUACAGCUAUCCCAGUGCAGGUUGGCUGCCCAACACUAUCCAUGGCAGGCAAAAGCAGUUUUAUGGUUCUAUAACGGGGUUGUAAAACAAAAACAACAACAAACCCCCGAUAGAAUUACAGCUAACUAACAAAAAAGAAAACAACUUCUGCAUUUUUGCCUUCUAUGCAUAUUGGAACUUCAACACAUUUUUAGUAAGAACAAAAUCAGUAUGUAUAAGGAUGCUCUUGAUUUCUGUUUUUGAGUAUGAUGUUAUAACUGUUUUUAAUGUUAAAAAUAAAAUUUUAAAGGAUA